AUGUGGAAGCACCUCAUCGGUCUCCUCGACGCUGGCCACUCUCAUCUCCCGGGUGCUCGUGCUUUGGUUGGACGAUCCAGUGAUGAGAUCCAUCGCCAAUCUGCAUCUAGUCAUCCAAGUAUGAGAGAAUUUGCAUAUAAUACCACUCCGAAAGCUUUAUUUCAGCAAAUCUUUGCCCCACUCGUCGAGUACGGUUUUUUUCAAACCUCAAACAUUGAAAGCCAAGACCAUCGUCCUCUUGAGUUGCCGCUCGACAAAUACUCGGCCUCAUUCUUGGCCAUCAUGCGCUCAUGGGCGGGAAUCUUUGCGUGUGGCUCGGUGGAUAGUACUGGGCAAGUGAUGAACGGGAGUCCGUUGAGACUGCUCGAUUACCUCGGAAUGGGCGUGAUUGUGGGCGAGAAUUUGCUGAAAAUUCGCGACAUGGUCGUCGACAUUGCGUGCGAAUUCGUCGAUCGCCCAUACGCGCACACAAAGUUCAACUCAUGGAAAGAAGCGCUCACGUUUUAUGCUAAACAAGACAUCUCAAACGUUUCUCGAGGUCUCCUCUCGGAUGAGUUCAUCUUAAGCGAAUUUGACGCAAUGCAAUACACGAAAUCGGAUCACAACGAUCAUAUGGAUUUCUUGAUCGCUUUCCGCGCGAUGGCCGCCUUUUCAUUGAUCAGCGCCGGGCUGGCACAGUCUUUGGCUCGACUAAUCGUCGCUCAUCCUGAUGAUCCAUCGGCUUUGAAAGCGACUCUACUUCUGUCAGAUGUUUCGUGGAUUAGCUCAUCUUUUGUACCGAUUGAAUGGAGAAAUGUCGUCCUCUCACUCCCGACUUUAGUCCAAUCGGCGGCGGAAACGAUUGCAAAGAAUAGCGCUCCCGCCAACAAUGAUCCGUUCGACAUUGCCUCCAGUGAGACAACGUUUCUCAACGCUGGAAACGCAAUGUUAGUCUUGUACCGAAUGGACGAGUUGACGAAAAUUCGGCUCUCAUUUGAUGGCCGUUUAUCGCCUACCUCAAACUAUUCCCUCUUUGUCGCCUCGGAUAAACAAGCGGAUAAAACGAAUGGUUGUGACAUGAGUCAACUCUCGAUGACUGUCGGCGAAGCACUAAACGGAAAUCUCCAAUGGAAAGCGGCCAUUGUCGCCCUAUCAACAGCUCUUCGUGAGCCGCAAAAAGCGACGAAAACGUGUGGAGAGAAGUUGCUGUUGUUAGUACAAAAGAUCUUCAACUGGAUGAGCCCAUUGGAGCCGCGUUUCAAGAGCAACGAUAGGGAUGCGACUCUGGCUGCAAAAAGGGCAAUCCGAUACGCUUGCCAUUUCUCGAGUGAUGAAUAUUAUCGGGAUAUGUUGAUGGGAUUUGCUGGCAGAUGUUUCCAAGAGCUUACAGAGGAUCGUCUCUCAUUUGGUUGCUUUUCGACGAAACAAAUGGUCACCUCCGGAUCGGCGUUCUACUUUGCGCUACUCGGCGAAAUGAGCAAACAUCCAGCUGGCUUAGAGGCGCUCAACACAUCCGGAAUCAUGCUGAGG